UCGGCAUUUGCGUCCUUGCAUGCUUCAGGCUCCAGUCCUCUACCCCCGGAAGCGGAAGUUGGUGGCGGAAGCAUUACAGUGACCUGUUCUGGCAUUGAGAGUCCGUGGUGUAGGGUACAAGAACAAGCCAUGGGUCUGCACUUCGGGGACUUGGCCAAGGUGCGUCAUAUCAUCACCUACAGUCUGUCGCCAUUUGAGCAGAGGGCUUUUCCUCAUUUUUUCUCCAAAGGCAUCCCUAAUGUGUGGCGGAGGUUCUCAUCACAGGUCUUGAAAGUAGCACCACCGUUUGUGCUUGCAUACGUGACCUACACAACAGGGAACCAAAUGUAUGCAGACAACAAGAAGAAGGACCCAUCCUUGUAUGAGAAUGACAAGUAAAGCUGUUUCUGAGAGAAAAUCUACAACCCUGGGUGUUUUCUUUUUGCAGUUCUUUGACUUGCAAGAAGAAAUAUUUAUUUGGCUUUCUAGCCAUAUGUGACACUUAUUAAAUAAAAGUAUGUUUCAAA